AUUAGUUCUGCUGUUCCUCGUGUUUUUCUUGCGGUGCCACGUGUACACGGUGUUAUAGAGCUGGACGGUUAAAAGUUGCAGGCCCCAUCAGCCCAUUACAGUUCGAAAGUUUCCUCCCAUGUUUUCCUCCUCGAUUUAUUUAUUGAGCACCUCAUACCCUUGUGUGAAAAAUUAAUGUGCGUCUUCGAACAGUAAAUGACCAAGAUGCCCCUCUAAGGUGCGCCCAUCUAUUCUUCUUCGGGUUCUGAAUGAGUGACGGGGAGUUGUAGUCUGCGCUGAGGAUAGACUGACUGCUAAAUGGGGAUGAGAACAAAUAAAUUUGCAUUCUUACGGUUUGGUUUUACACUAAAACGAGGCUGCUCAUAUGCAAAAGAGACUGGAUGAAAUUUUUAUUCUUUUGAAGAGAUACUAGACGCAGAAGAAGAAUUCACAGUUACUUUACUGUUGGCCUGCUGCAAUGCAAUUUGAAAAUAGAGAUAUGAUUAUACGGUGAAAUUUCUGUUUUAAAAUCUAAAAAUGCAUGACUCUUUAUAGUUAAGUUGGCAGACUCGGGCGAAACAAAGUGAGGUGCAGAGAAUUCAAACUUUCUAGCAGAAGAGUAUCGGACGUCGACAAGUGGCCCAGGGGCUGGCUCUAGGCUCUAGCAUCACCACGAUCACGGGAGCGAUUGAAGGUUCAUGUCAACUGUCUACAGUCCCUACACCAAAAAUCCCAACACAAAUACCCCACUGGCUGGCUCUAGCAUUCACGGGAGUGUUAGAAGGUUGAUGUCAGUUGUCAACACCAAGAAUCCAACACAGAUACCCCACUCUAGUCCUCCUAAUGCACUAUAAAAGGCCGCAAUCAACUGCAUGCCACCCAAAAUUAGAUAAAAAGUCAGCUAUCUUUCCACACUUUGUAGCAAGAAAGAAACCCGAUUUUACUUGUCACAGACCAAAAAAAUGAAAUCGAUCGUUUUCCAAUUUGCUCUGGUUCUUCUCUUCUCCAUCUCAUGCCACUCUUGGGCGUUCAGUACAGGUGGUAAAGCAGGAGACGAGAAGCCACACCCUGCCGAAGUCGUCGCUAGUAGUCCUAGCAGCAGUGGCGGUCCAAGCUCAACGGAGAGUCCAUCAGGAGCAACAGGCUCGGGUCAUGGCUCAAACUGGGACUACAACUGGGGAUGGGGUUCCAGCCCUGGAGCUGGAUGGGGUUAUGGCUCUGGUUCAGGGCGUUCGCCCAAUGGGUUUGGCAGGGGUUCCGGCUUUGGUUGGGGUUCAGGCAGCGGUUCAGGAUCUGGAUACGGCUAUGGUUUCGGUGGAGGCGGUGCCGUUGGAGGUGGAGGUGGAUAUGGUUAUGGCGCUGGAGGUGGUGCCGGUGGCCAUGCAACAGGUAGCGACAGCUCAGGGGCUUCUGAGGUUCGAUCGCCAUCUACUUCUAGGCAAAAAAACACCCAUGCGUAAAGAAAUCGUUCUGGGGUCUGCGUCUACAAAUUUCUCCAGGACCAUAAUGGUUCAAUUGUGUGUGUGUGUAAUGCAUCUACGGUGUGAGAACUGUAUUCACGUGCAACGGUCUGUCUGCAUCCUUUGUGCUCAAGUGACUGUCUUAAUAGUGUGAACUAUCGGUGUUAAAGAUUAUCUACAUAUUUGUCUGAAUUCUUCCCUCUCUGUUCCUGUGUUAUGUUGACACCUACGGUGGAUGUGGUAUGUGUUUUAAAAUUGUGUAUUAGUGUACUUCUUUGGACACCC